CUGGAAAAUACGACGUAGUUUAUACAUAUACAUAUACAGAUAAUACAACUAACAAAUUAGUAACUCCCCAACAACGAUACAAAUUGGCAACGGUGAACCGGCAACCCAAAAUCAAUAAGUAACCCAGCGAAGCAUCUUUAUCCCUAUUAUGCACAGUGUAAAAUGAAUGCAUUGCGCAACAUCUUUACAUCCCGUACACUCAACUAUCUGCGCCAAAAUGGACAAAAUGCCAUCAUCAAUGCCACACAGCAGACGGGCCUCCCGGUGGCCGAUGCGGAGGGAGAUACCUUGCUGAACGCUGAUACAAGGCCGGGGCCGCUCUCCAUACCACGCUCCAUAUUGGAUGCUUGCCAAUUCUCACUUAAACCCUUUGUCGGGCAGUCGCAGGGACAGCAACCCAAAUCCGGUUCCCUAUCGCCGACAACAUUGAAGCGUUUUAGUCGCAUGCAACGGCGGGUGGAGCUGGUCUAUCGCUGCAAACUGUGCAACACACGGAACACAAAGACCAUCAGCGAGGAGGCUUAUUACAGUGGCGUGGUCAUCCUCCAAUGCGAUGGCUGUGCUGUCGAUCAUCUCAUUAAGGAUAAUCUCGGAUUGUUCAGCGAGACAACCAACAACUCUACCAGCACCACGAGCACAAAUACGAGCAGCAGCAGCAUCAGCACGAGCAGCGUCACCAGCAUUAGGAACAUUGAACAGUUGCUCCUGGAGCGCCAUGAACGGGUGCGCGUCAUCAAGGUGAAUGAACGGGGCGAACUCAUCUGAGGGGCAAGCUGGGAUUCUAGUCAGACAGCGAUGCAGUGACAUUGUGUUAAGCAACUUUUCCCUGCUCCCCUCUCACACUUCCUCACCCAACUAUCGAGUGGGGGCACUUCGAGCAGUCCAACAGACGGAGGAAACCUCAAACUUCAACCUCAACCUGAAAUCUGGAGCUAAAUUCAAACCUGAUUUGAGACACUGGACAAAAAAUUGAUUGUUUAUUUUUUUUUUUUUUUGUUUUUCGCUAAUUUGUUUAUUGAGCGCAUUGAGUACAGAAAAAAAGAACAUGAAAAUAAAAGUAACAAACAAAAAAAGAAAAUGGAAA